AUUCAUACAGGGGAAAAACCAUAUCGCUGUGAUGUCUGUGGAAAAUCGUUUUCUGCCCAAACUUACUUAACUACCCACAUACGUAUUCAUACGGGAGAAAAACCAUUUCAUUGUGAUGCCUGUGGUAAAUCAUUCGCUGCAAGAAGUAUACUAAUUAGUCACAAACGAAUUCAUACAGGAGAUAAACCAUAUCAGUGUGAUAUCUGUGAUAAAUCAUUCUCUGUAGGCAGCACCUUAACUAAACACAAACGCAUUCAUACAGGAGAGAAGCCAUAUCAGUGUGAUAUCUGUGGGAAAUCAUUCUUUCAAAGAGCUCACUUAACUUCUCACGAACGUAUUCAUACGGGAGAGAAGCCUUAUCACUGUGGAAUCUGUGAUAAAGCUUUUUCUGAAAGUUGUCACUUAACCAAUCACAAACGUGUCCACACUGGUGAGAGACCAUAUCGUUGUCGGGUCUGUGGGAAAUCGUUUUCUCAAACAAGUUACUUAAAUGUACACAUCAAACGUAUUCAUUCAGGAGAGACGAGCAUUCGUACACAAGAGAAACCACAUCACUGUGAUUUCUGUGGUAAG